AUGGGCAAAGGGGAAGAUACAAUGCCUCACUUUGCGCAGGACUCCCGCGAGGGGCUCUUCCGGCGGACAGUCAACUCCGAAGCCGUCAAAGACACCAUCCUGGACAUGUAUACCCAGAGUCCGGUCACCACGUCCGGUGUCGAGGAUCCGCACGCCUUUGCCCGGCAAUUGCACUCGGUCGGCCGCAAGCGGCGCCUCCACUCGGACCCGGUGCCGCCCCCCGAGCCCGGGCCACCUUCCGAGUAG